UUCGAUUAUUAGUUAGUUAUUAUGUCUGUGAUCCGUGCAAUUGCUUUAAUAAUUCGAACGUGCACCAUUUAGCGACCGGAUAAACUUUAAUUCUGAUGAAAUGAUCAUAGCUGUUAAUCUCGUAAAGUGGGGCCUUCUAGUUGAACGUUUACCAGUGGCAUCGUCGCUGCUAUAGGGAAGAAUGACUGAACAAAGAGAGGUUUAUCCAAGAUGCUGUUUCAAUAACCAUGGAAGAGGUAGACGCCAUAUUGUUUGGGUGCUCAUUUCGGUUGUUCCUCUGUUGCUAUUGUAUUUUACAUUUUACAAGUAUCAUGUUGGCGUUCUGAAGAGCGAUUUCCUUAUACAGCUAAAAGUAAACAAAAAUCUAGCGAACCAAAGCGUUCGGAGUGAACAGAUUGUGCGAAACAAAGGCGUUUCAUCAAAAUCUAUAAAGGGAUCGAAAGGCAAUGGGCAAGAUUCAGAGAUACAUUAUGAGACAAGUACAAAGAACUUGAUUCCACUGAAUAAACUCUUAGCAGAUAAAAUCGACCAUAAAACAGACAAAUGGCAGAAGGUUAGUUUGAACUCCAGCGUUAAAGGUAUACCAAAUGAGUACAACAAGGCAUUUAAUGUCACAUUGAAUGAGAACAGAAACAUCACCAAUAAGAAUGGUUCAAAAUAUCCUGAAUCGAGCGGAAACAAUCGAAAGCAGCCAGCGCCUAUAAAACUGGUAGCCAGGAAGUUCCCAAGAAAUUUUGAACAUGUUGACCUUAUGAAAAUGGAGCCGUUUACAUUCCUCGAAGAAUAUAGAAAUCCAUGCUACGCUGUUGAGCAAACCGAAGACCGGAAACUGCCUUUACAGUGUAUACCAUACUUUUAUCUUAUUGGUGCCCCGAAGUCCGGCACUACGGACUUGUUUAGGAGGAUUACCAAACACCGGGAAAUCUCAGAGAAUGUUGUAAAAGAACCACACUGGCUAACGAGAAAGAGAUUCUCUUCAAAUCCUUAUUGGGCUUCUUAUGAGGAAUACUUCCGAGCUGCAACAAGACAAAUUAACGCAAAGAAAGACCCCGACGGUUUCCAUCCAGUUAUUGUUGGCGACUGCAGUGCCUCCACCCUGUGGGACAACGAUUAUUGGACCUUUCUGCCAGAAUACAAGAACCUCACUGAACCUUUAUAUACCAAUGCCGAUUAUAUUCACCAUUUUAAUCCAGAUGCAAAAAUUAUUGCGAUUUUGAGAAAUCCUAUUGACAGAUUGUAUUCCGAUUAUUUAUAUUUCACGGCAGGCAAGGACAAAGGUCCAGAAAGAUUUCAUGAAAGAGUGAAGAAAACUGGUGAUGAUUAUUCACCUCACCUACGCCUCAAAGUUUGUCAGAAAACUAGCAUGGUCUUCACCCUUUUCGAGGAAAACCACCUCUCUUCAAACAACUCAGACGGGUCUCUGACAUUGAUGGUUAACUCAAUACCCAUGGAUGUAUCAUGA